AUGGAGAAUGAACCAAACACAACAACAGGUUCUGCAUCUACAACUACUAUCACUACCACCUCCACUUCCCGGACACAGCUACCACAGAUAUCUGUCUACAGCGGCUCUGACAGGCAUGCCGUCCAGGUUAUUCAGCAGGCCUUGCAUCGUCCUCCUAGCUCAGCUGCUCAGUACCUCCAGCAGAUGUAUGCAGCCCAACAGCAGCAUCUAAUGCUGCAGACUGCUGCUUUGCAGCAGCAGCACUUAAGCAGUACCCAAUUUCAGAGUCUGGCAACUGUACCACAGGCAAGCCUGUCAGGUGGGAGGCAAUGUACUUCCCCCACUGGGAGUGUCACUCAGCAGUCAAGCAUGUCGCAGACCUCGAUUAACCUCUCCACCUCUCCUACACCUGCACAGAUAAUAAGCCGUUCACAGACCUCCAACACCACCAGCAGCAGUAUUACCCAACAGACUAUGUUGCUGGGGAGCACCUCUCCAACCCUGAGUGCAAGCCAGGCUCAAAUGUAUCUACGAGCUCAAAUGCUUAUUUUUACUCCUGCGACCACUGUGGCUGCUGUCCAGUCUGACAUUCCUGUUGUCUCAUCUUCCUCAUCUUCCUGUCAGUCUGCAGCUACUCAGGUUCAGAACUUGACAUUGCGCAGUCAGAAGUUGGGUGUAUUGUCAAGUUCACAGAAUGGCCCACCAAAGAGCAGCACUCAAACUCAGUCAUUGUCUCUGUGCCCUAAUAAACCUGUAACCAGUUCCAAGGGCAGCCAGCCAGAUCCCUCAGAAAGCAAUAGAAAAGGCGAGAGCCCAACUCCAGAGUGUCGGAGUACACCGGUCACACGGACAUCAAGCAUACAUCACUUAAUAACACCAGCUUCAUAUUCUCCAUUGCAACCUCAUUCUCUAGUAAAACAUCAGCAGAUCCCACUUCAUUCACCACCUCCAAAGAUUUCCCAUCAUCAGCUGAUAUUGCAACAACAGCAGCAAGUCCAGCCAAUUGCACUCCAGACUCCUUCGGGUCAGGAACCCCCUCCGUCACAGCACUGUCUACCACUCUCAAGCCAUGGUCUUCCUCCGGGUCCCAGCAGUGUCCAGUCUCAUUGCUCACCUAUUCACAUCCAUCCUCCACCUCUAACGCUAUCUCCUACUCCAUCCCAGUCAGCUCAGCAGUCAGUAGUGGUGUCCCCUCCACCUUCUCACUCCCCUAGUCAAUCACCCACAAUAAUUAUUCACCCUCAAGCACUUAUUCAGUCACAGGCAAACUCCCUCGUGCCAACAGCUCUUCAGCCAGAGCAGACUGCUCCUCAGCAAACCACUACCAAUCCAGUUCGACCAAUUGCACAGCCACUUAAUCUUCCGUCACAUCUUCCACUUCCAUCUUCCCCCGCUGUACAUAUAGGGUCAGUAGAUCAGCCCAGCUUAGUUUCCCCAGGCCAACAGAUUGUGUCCUCGACACCACACCAGCAAUAUUCAGCCUUGCAGUCCACACCUAUCCCUCUUGCAGCUCCCCCUCAGCUGUCAACAUCUUCAACCCAGAUUCAACAACUGCCAUUGCAGUCUGUGCAGUCUUUACAAGUGCAGCCUGAAAUUCUGUCCCAGGGCCAGGUUUUGGUUCAAAACACUUUGGUUUCUGAGGAAGAACUUCCUGCUGCAGAAGCUUUGGUCCAGCUGCCAUUUCAAACUCUUCCACCACCACAGACUGUUGCAGUAAAUCUUCAGGUGCAGCCAUCGGUACCAAUUGAAACUCCAGUGAUUUACCAAGUGGAGAAUGUAUGUGAAGAAGAGAUGCCCGAGGAAUCAGAUUGUGUCCAUAUGGCUAGAACACCUACGCCACCCACUUUGUCUCCACCAGCCAUAACCUUGGGGAAUGGAGAGGCACUUAAUUCAGAAGAUCCUUUGUCAGAACAUGGGGGACUACCUUCAGUGACAUCAUCAGUCAGUGCCUCAGUAAUUAAAUCUCCAUCUGAUCCUUCACAUGCCUCUAUUCCACCACCACCUCUUUUGCUUCCAGCAGCGACAACAAGGAGCAACAGCACAUCAAUGCCCAAUAGCAUUCCUAGCCUAGAAAAUAAACCUCCACAGGCUAUUGUUAAACCACAGAUCCUGACCCAUGUUAUUGAAGGCUUUGUGAUUCAGGAGGGGUUAGAGCCGUUCCCUGUAAGUCGUUCAUCUUUGCUGGUAGAACAGCCUGCAGAAAAAAGAUUGCUAGUGGAGGGUCAAAUCAUGAGUGUUGUGUGUGUUGAAUCAGACUUGCAGAAUACAAAACAUGCAGACAACUCAUCGGACACAGAGAUAGAGGAUAUGAUUGCAGAAGAGGGACUGGAUGAAAUCGAAAAUGAUCUUCUGAAGUGUGAAUUUUGUGGAAAAAUGGGAUAUUCUAAUAAGUUUCUACGGUCAAAAAGAUUCUGCUCCACAUCGUGUGCCAAAAGGUAUUCUGUCUAUUGCACUAAGAAAUUUGGGCUGUUUACAUCAGACAAGACCAGUCGCUGGAAUCGGAAAUCAGAUAGCCAAAGUCUUGGGCGACGCGGGCGUCGACCGAGUGGCCCUGAUGGGGCAUCACGAGAUCAUUUUCUUAGACAGCUUCCAAUUACUUAUCCAUCUGCAGAAGAAGAUACGGCUUCUCAUGAAGAUGCUGUUCCAGCUGCCAUGACCACCCGCCUGCGAAGACAGAGUGAAAGAGAGAGAGAACGUGAACUUAGGGAACUAAGAAUUAGGAAAAUGCCAGAGAGCAUUGACUUGUUACCAGUGGUGCAAGCUGACCCAUCAGUAUGGACUGUUGAUGAAGUUUGGGCCUUCAUACAUUCUUUGCCUGGUUGUCAAGAUAUUGCAGAUGAAUUUAGAGCACAAGAAAUUGAUGGACAAGCUCUCCUCUUGUUGAAGGAGGAUCACCUUAUGAGUGCAAUGAAUAUUAAGCUUGGACCUGCAUUGAAAAUCUGUGCACGUAUCAAUUCAUUGAAAGAGUCCUAGGGAGUGAACAUGAAGGUUUAAACAACAGUUUCUCAGUGACAGAACCGACAGUAAUAUGCCAACUUCUUCACUGUGGCAUGAGUGUUACUGUGAUGUUUUGUUAAAUA